AACCCUAGCCCCCCCUUCCCAUUUUCAACACCUCCUCCUUCCCCUCCGGCCAUCGAACCCUAGGGUAUCCAGCACCACCUUACCUUCAGCCGCAGCCAUGACUGACGUAGAGCUCUACCGUUCCGAGAAGAAGAAGAAGAAGAGCAAGUCCAAAGAAGGAAUCGAAGCUCUAGGAGGCAACGCAGCCGACGCCAGCCAGGCCGAUGGAGACUAUCUCAUCAAGCCGCAGAGCUUCACCCCCUCCAUCGACACUUCUCAGUGGCCAAUUCUUCUGAAGAACUAUGACCGCCUCAAUGUACGGACCGGACACUACACUCCUCUUCCCUCCGGUUACUCCCCGCUCAAGCGGCCGCUCGCCGAGUAUAUCAGGUAUGGUGUUCUUAAUCUAGAUAAGCCUUCUAAUCCCUCCUCCCAUGAAGUCGUGGCUUGGAUUAAGAGAAUCCUCCGGGUCGAGAAAACGGGUCACAGCGGAACCUUAGACCCGAAAGUCACUGGGAAUUUGAUUGUCUGUAUAGAUCGGGCCACUCGGCUCGUGAAAUCUCAGCAGGGUGCUGGAAAGGAGUAUGUCUGUGUAGCCCGAUUGCACUCUGCUGUUCCCGAUGUCGCCAAGGUGGCCAGGGCUCUUGAAACCCUAACCGGCGCCGUUUUCCAGCGGCCCCCACUGAUCUCGGCCGUCAAAAGACAGCUUAGGAUUAGGACAAUCUAUGAGAGCAAGCUGUUGGAGUAUGAUGCCGAGAAGCACUUGGUUGUGUUCUGGAUCUCCUGUGAGGCAGGAACCUAUGUGAGAACCAUGUGUGUCCACCUUGGAUUGCUCUUGGGAGUCGGAGGGCAUAUGCAGGAGCUGCGCAGGGUUCGGUCUGGGAUUUCUGGCGAGAAGGAUAACAUGGUCACUAUGCAUGAUAUCAUGGAUGCGCAGUGGGUUUAUGACAACUAUCGUGACGAGACUUAUCUGAGGAGGGUGAUUAUGCCCCUGGAAGUGAUUCUCACCAGUUACAAGAGGUUAGUGGUGAAGGACUCUGCCGUGAAUGCCAUCUGUUAUGGUGCAAAGCUGAUGAUUCCCGGACUGUUGAGGUUUGAGAAUGAUAUUGAGGCGGGAGAGGAGGUGGUGUUGAUGACAACCAAGGGAGAAGCCAUAGCUUUGGGGAUUGCAGAGAUGACUACGGCUGUAAUGGCUACUUGUGAUCAUGGGGUGGUUGCAAAGAUUAAGAGGGUGGUGAUGGAUAGGGACACAUACCCUAGGAAAUGGGGGUUGGGACCGAGGGCUUCAAUGAAGAAGAAACUGAUUUCUGAAGGGAAGCUGAGCAAGCAUGGGAAACCAAACGAGAACACUCCAGCAGAAUGGAUGAGGAAUCUCGUUCUGCCCACCGGAGGGGACUCCAUGAUUGCCGGAAUGGCUGCUGCUCCUUCCGAACCGGCUUUGCUGGAGAGUGCAACGGUGGUUGAGGCUGAGAAGAAAGAGAAGAAAAAGAAGAAGAAGCACCACAAGGAAGGUGAAGAGGAGGACACGGAGGGGCACAAGCGUAAAUUGGAUGAAAUGGACAGCGACAUCCCUGCCUCCCAAAAUGCUGCCAAGAAACCAAAGGUUGCGAAAGAAGAGGAAGAAGAAAAGGCAGAUGAAGUCAAGAGUGAGAAGAAAGAGAAGAAAAAGAAGAAGGCAAAAGAAGGCAAUGAAGAUGAAGAGAAAGUCAAAGUAAAAGAUGAAGUCGCAUCCCCAGAUGCCGACAAGUCCGAGAAAAAGAAGAAGAAAGAGAAGAAAGACAAAGAUGCUGAAAAUGGCAAGUCGGAUGCUGAUGGAGAAGACGCAAGUAGAAGCGAGAAGAAGAAAGAGAAGAAGAAAAAGAAGAAAGAGGAAGAGGAAUGAACUCAAACCUCAUUUGUGUAAGUUGUUGAAUUCCCUCAUGUUUUUAGAGUUUCUGUCUUAUGUUCAUACAAUGUAAGGCAGGAUUGCUUUUAAAAUUUGCCUGUUUAGCUUUUCUAUAAUGUUAUGUGUUUUUAUUUAUUUCAUAUGAGCUAUGUACUUUAGCUUCUGCUUGAGAUUUUGACAUUAAUUGUCUCUAUUUACUUAGUAGAGUUUCUUUCAUAUAUUGCUUCAUUAUUGUUUGCCAUUGCUUUUUAUUGAAUCAGCAGUCCCAAAAAGCUCUACUUUAGAAUUGUCUUUUCAGAAAAGCUUAAAUUUCGAGCUUAUACUCAAAGCUGGGUAUGAAGAUGUGAAUUGAGGGGGAAAUAAGUUAGAAUUAGUUUUUGGCAUUUCAAUUUAAUCUUUGUGUCUCCCAAAAUGAAGCUUACAGAUUUCU